UUAAGAUCCCUUCUUCAAUUUCAGGCUUGGGUGGGCGCAAUCACAUUCUUCCAACAUCCUCGCAAACAAAGCAGGCAAUACCCAAAGCCGGCACGACAGCGCCACUCUGUAUCUCUUAUCCUACAUGCUUCUCCGAGCGUCCCCUCUUCUUCGCGCCUCCCACCGUCCAUUCUCCUCUGGGGUUCACAUGGCGCUAGCUGCCCAUCUCCCUGUCUCUCCCAACCGUCAAAGUUUCCAUUCAUGGCGAUCUUCUUCGCACUUGCCGCCUGUUUGUCAAGCGAAUGGCUACGACCGCAUUUCGACCAAAAUAACAUUUCCACAAUUUGUUCGGAGUUUCUACGUCUUGUCGGGAACAUACAAUAAGGUACAGAGGCCUUGUGGAAGGAUUUUCUGUGGGCAAAGAGAGUAUAGAAAGGUGAGGAGACGAGUCCCCAAAACCAAGAGAAAGGAAUUAGAGCUCAACGUCAGUAUCUGUAUCGAAGAAAAGUUGCCGGACGACCCUGAACUUUUGAGUAUUGCAGAAAUGCUUCGUUUGAAUGUUCCCAAGGCUCUGAAGUUAGCUUUCAACAAUUUAAAGGAUUCACAAUACAAAACUCGAGAUAGUUCAAUAAACGAUGUUGGUUUAUUUGAAAGUGUUGAGAUGUCCGUGCUACUUUGUAACGACGAGUUUAUUUGUAAACUUAACAAAGAAUGGAGGGACGAGGAUCAUGCCACUGAUGUCCUGUCCAUGUCACAGCAUGUCCCAGAACUGAAGCUUCCAAUUCUUAUGUUAGGUGAUAUUGUCAUUUCUGUUGAGACUGCUGCGAGGCAGGCGGAGGAACGGGGACACACACUCCUUGAUGAGAUUCGGAUACUCCUGGUGCACGGAUUGUUGCAUCUUUUGGGAUUUGAUCAUGAGAUUAGUGAAGAGGCUGAAGUAGAAAUGGAAAAGGAGGAGGAACUACUUUUGAAGAGUUUAGAGUGGAAAGGGAAAGGGCUGAUUCAGAGUGCAAUUGAUGCUGAAACUAAUUCAAACUCAGUUGCAGAAGUUUCAGAUGACAGGAAAAAAGAAGGAAGUCUCCGAUUCUACCGCCCAAGGUUCAGCUAUAUUUUCUGUGAUAUGGAUGGUACAUUGCUCAACAGUAAAAGUCAAAUUACUCCAACAACUGUCAAGGCCCUGAAGGAGGCCUUGUCAAGAGGUGUGAAAGUUGUUAUAGCUACUGGAAAGGCCCGCCCAGCAGUAAUAAGCAUUUUGGAGAAGGCAGGUUUAGCUGGAAAAGAUGGUGCCGUGUCUGAAUUUUCUCCAGGAGUUUUCUUACAGGGACUACUUGUUUAUGGUAGACAAGGCAAGGAAAUUUAUAGGCGGAACUUAGAUCAAGAUAUCUGCAGAGAGGCAUGCCUUUAUUCUUUAGAGAAGAAUGUUCCUCUGAUUGCAUUUGGUGAAGGCCGUUGCUUAACUCUAUUUGAUCAUCCACUUACUGAUGCAUUGCACACUAUAUACCAUGAGCCCAAGGCAGAGGUCAUGUCCUCGGUUGAUAAUCUUUUGGCUGCAGCUGAAAUACAGAAACUUCUUUUCUUGGACACUGCCGAGGGAGUUUCACGCGUCCUUCGACCAUACUGGUCAGAGGCAUCAGGGGAACACGCCUCGGUUGUUCAGGCUGUACCAGAUAUGCUUGAGAUCGUCCCCUGUGGAACCUCGAAAGGUAGCGGAGUAAAAUUGUUGCUCGAUCAUUUGGGAGUUUCUUCCGAGGAGGUAAUGGCUAUUGGAGAUGGGGAAAAUGACAUUGAGAUGCUGGAAUUGGCAUCUCUUGGAAUUGCUAUGAGCAAUGGAGCAGAGAAAACAAAGGCUGUUGCUAACUUAAUUGGUCCCAGCAAUGAUGAAGAUGGUGUUGCAGAGGUCAUAUACAGAUAUGCAUUCUAGACACAGUGCGGCUUUGAGAAGCUUAUGAUCUGAUUACACAGUCAAUUAUUGUGAUUGAAGGAUGCAAAUUCUGCCCUUCAACAUAUUCUUAUUAAUUGUCUCUCUCGACCAAGCCAAACUAAGAGAGUCAAGAUUUUUGCCUUUUAGUAGGGAUACAUAAGUUAUUAGCUUAGCCUUUUGAUGUUUCAUACACAGAAUGUCAUUGUGUUGAAUUACUAUUAAUCCCAUAUUCUUUUCAGUAGCCCGGAGCUGGCUAAACAUUGUAUCCUCUUAUUUUCAAAUGAAUAAACUUCUAUUC